CGACGAGGGUGAGAAGGGGAGUGUAGUUUUAGCAAGAAGGACAAGCGGACAAGCACAGACCGUCUGAAUCUCUAAUCCCUAACUCCCUCCCGCCCUCCCCUCUUUCUUGGUUUUCUCCUUUCCCACCACCGUCUUCCCUUUUCUUUCUCUCCCGCAAUUGUCAAAAUCAGUCCACUCGUUCCUCUUAUUUAUUGUGUUUCGUCAUCCAAUCUUCUUGGGUUUCUGUUGCACAAUCUCACCUGUGCCUCCGAAGAAUCUCUUGGUGAUCUAAGCAAGUGCCUCGAAGAAGACGGCCCUGCAACUGUCCUCGGUGCAAGGCCUUUGCCGCGUCACCGCUUCCAUCUCCUCUGGAACGCCUCAUGAUGGUCUGAGCUGAAUGAUAUCUACUGCUUCCAGCUUUCUAGACAUGAAAUGUCCUUAGAAGAGUUUCAUCCUUAAGUUGAAAAGAUGGUUGGCACCAGUCGACAGAGAGAUAAAUCUGGUAAUGAAUUUACAUUUGAUGACAAUGAAGGUACCGCUGCUCGUACAAGACCUUUUAGUAUGGAAGAUAUACGGCUAAGAAGGGAAAAGAAAAAGUUGAUAACUGCACAAGAUUCAGUCUCAGAGAAUCCACUGGAUAAUAAAGUUGUUGAAAGUGCCUAUGAUAUCCCUGCAUCUGGUACAGAUUAUAGUCGUAAAAAGGAUUCUGUUACUGAGAAUGUGAAAAAGUCUAAUUUGGUGGACUCAAUGAGAAAAGCUCGGAAUAGUGACAAGGAACUGGUUCAAGAUUGUUCCUCAAAGGGAAAGCGAAAGGAAGUUUAUGAGACAGAUGUUUCAUCUAAAGUCAUAUCUCACAGGGACAAGAGUAGGGAUAGAGUCCACACAGAUGAAAAAAGGAGAAGUCACCACCGGGUUGAUGAAGGACAUGAUGCUGGUUCCAAAAUUGGGAUUGAGAAGAACCAGUACAAAAAUAUGAAGUUAAAGGAUAGGAGAGGCAAUGGAGGCAGAAACUCUGAAAGAGAAGACAGGAGAGAAAGCAAACGGAGACAUCAAACUGAAGGUGUUAUUGAAAGAAAUCUGCAGCCUGAUGAGAGUGAUAUCAGAAAAUAUGAUUCUCACCACAGACAAUUAGACUCCUAUUUAGACCAGAAGAGCAGAAACAAGGUGUCCUCUGUGGUAAUUCGGGAUUCCUAUCGUGAUCGUGAAGAACCAAGGUCAAAACGCAGAAGAUCAGCAAGUCGAGAACACCAUCGAACCAGAGAUAGAUCAGCUUCAGCCUCACCCAAAGAACGUAAGCAUACAUCUUACCGAGAAAGGGAACAUGAAAGUUCUUCCUACUAUUCCUUUAAGGAUAAGCGUGAUCGACUCCAUUCUGAAGUAGAUAAAAGCAGGAAAAGCAAUAGUCUGUCUGGGGGGCAUCAUUGGCGAUAUGGUGAUAGUGGAAUUGGUGGAUAUUCGCCUAGGAAGAGGAGAACUGACGCAGCUGUUAAAACUCCUUCUCCAACAAUACGCUCACCUGAAAGGAGAACUGCUGCUUGGGAUAUCCUGCCUGCCAAUGCAGAAAAUGGUGCUUCUGUUCCCAAACUGGCUUCUUUUCUUUCCUCUCAACAGGCUUCAUCUCUGUCUGAGUUACCUGCUGCAUCCCCUGACAUAUCAACUGCUUUGAAUCUGCAUCCACCAGCCAACACAAAUGCUGUGUCCUCUAUAGACAACAGUGCUCCGGAAGAUGAUAUUCAGCUAACACAGGCAACUCGACCAUCGAGGAGGCUCUAUGUGGAGAACGUACCCAUUUCAGCAUCUGAUAAAACAUUGUUGGAAUGCUUCAAUAACUUUUUGCUGUCAUCUCGUACCAAGCAUGUUCAAGGAAGGGUUCCUUGCAUUAGCUGUAUGGUAAACAAGGAGAAGAACCAGGCGCUUUUGGAAUUUCUUACCCCAGAAGAUGCAACUGCUGCUCUCUCAUUUGAUGGCAAGUUGUUUUCUGGUUCAAUACUAAGAAUAAAGCGGCCAAAAGACUUCAUUGAAACUGCAACUGGAACUCCAGAUAAAUUUGGAGCGAAAAUUGAUGCAGUAUCUGAUUUAGUAAAAGAUUCACCAAACAAGAUAUUUAUUGGAGGUAUUUCAAAGGCCUUAUCAUCUGACAUGCUGAGGGAGAUUGUUAGUGUCUUUGGCCAGUUGAAGGCAUAUCAUUUCGAGUGGAAGGACUCCAGCUUAUCGCAUGCAUUUUUAGAGUAUAUGGAUCAGUCAAUCACCCACAGAGCAUGUGCAGGCUUGAAUGGGAUGACACUGGGAGGACAUGUUAUUACUGUUAUUCAGGCCACUCCUGAUGCACAGGGAGAGGAUACUAAUUCAGAACAUCCUUGCUAUAGCAUCCCUGAUCAUGCAAAGCCAUUGUUAGAGGAUCCGACUCCAGUCCUGAAGCUCAAAAAUGUGUUAUCUGAAGAAGAUUUUGGAUUGCUGAUGGAGCCUGAGCUGGAAGAAAUACUGGAAGAUGUACGGUUAGAAUGUCUGCGAUUUGGCACAGUCAAGUCUGUGAAUGUUGUCAGGUACUCUGGAAAUUCUGUUAUUGCUGUAAAUGCUUCUGUGACCUCUGAUAAUGGUGGCUCAGAGAGAUUCUUCCAAGAGCCAGCUGGUGACACUGAAGCCGUGAUGCCCAUGGAUGGCUGUCUUAAAUGUGACGAUGAAGCAAUUGUUGAGAAGUUGGAUAAUGGUGCUGGAGAACACCAAAAUAAUCAUGGAGGAGCUGCAGGAGGCACGGAAGACUGUCAAGAUAAGGAUCCAACUGAUCGUGUAAAAAGGGAGCCAAAUCAUUCUGAUGCUAAUUUUGAAAAUGAUGCAUGUAUAGAGUCAAAAAUUGACGCCCAUGUAAAUUUUGAACAUCGCCUUGACAAUGGUGACAGUAAUAUAGUAUCUGCUAAAAAGGAAGCAGACAUUGAUGCAAGUCAAUCUGGUUUUACUGACAGCCUUGUUUCAGAGGGUGCAAAAGUUGAGGACAAUAGUGGUUAUAUGAAAGAAGAGCCUGCAGAGGAGAGAGGGGUUCAUGUACAUGACAGCAAUGAACUGCAAAAUGAACCAAUAGAAGCGAACAAGCAUGGCACACAAGACAGCUCAGGAAUGCAAAGGACAUCCAUUGAAAUGAUUGGUCUGGAAGGCAGUGAUGAACUGCAGAAAGUCCCUACAGAAGCAGAGGAGGCUGUCCAAGAAAAACUAGAGGGGGAACAAGAGCAAACACAGGACAAUCUAGAUAAUUGCGAGAGUAACGCCUAUGAUUUGCUUGUCUUUGAACCUGGAAGCAUUUUUGUUGAGUUCAUGCGGAAGGAAGGUGCUUGUUUGGCUGCCCAUUCUCUGCAUGGGCGUCUCUAUGGAGCUCGGGCAGUUGCAACUGGAUAUGUUUCUCUUGAUCUCUACAAGGCUAGGUUCCUAAGAUGAGGCCGUAGGCAUCUCUGUGAUGAUGUUGAUUAUACCUACUUGCGAUCCAUUUUCAGGUGGUUCACCUCCUUGUCUUCCUGCUUAUGCGCAGCAGCAAAAUUUGUAUGUUCCUUUUUUCUUUCGCAAUUGUUUAAGAGUAAUUUCUAUGGGUAUUAAUCGGUGGAUGGUUUCAUUGACAUGCUUAGUGUUCAAAUUUUCUCAAUCUUCUGCUCGGAAUAUUUGAUUUUUAUAAUUUUGUACCCCUUAAAGAAAAAUACUGCAUUGAGCUACACAUAGUCAGGUCACUGACCCUAUAAAUGUAUUUUCUUCCA